CCAUGCUGGUGGCCAGAAGGACUGCUUGAGGAGCAAUUAGCUGAAGGCUGCUGCUUGCUGCUGCUGCUGCUGCUGCUAUAGGAGAAGAAGCAAAAAGGGAAAAAAAAGAAAGGAAGGAAAAGGAAAAGAGGCAGAUUCUGUUGGAGUCUCUCUCUCUCUCUCUCUCCCGCUCCCAGUAGGCGCUUGCUCAUUGCAACUUGCAAAAGGGUUUCAGAUGUCCUAGCACCGCUGCUUGACCCCCUGCAAAUAAAACUUGACCACCAGAGGCACAUCCCACCUCUCUCCUUCCUAAUCUCUAGCAUUUAGGAUACAGCUUCCAACCUGUUGGCAACCCUGCGGAGAGAGAGGGGGAAAGGACUUGUUUUGCAAUCUUUUUUCUUUUCUUUUUCUCCAGGAAAUAUAUAUAUAUACAGUAUAUAUUUGAAAUACAGAUAUCUAUUUCUGGAAGAUUCAAGAGAGGGGGGUGCAAGCCCCUGUUUUCUGCUUCUGAGAAGGACUGCAUUUCUGGGCUUCGGUGAGAGGAAGGUGCAGAAGUUGUUCAGGGUGCGGGGGCGCUGACCCCCCUCCCGUUUCGCUUUUGCUUUCUCUCGGAUUUUUCCCCCCCUUGUCCACCACCACCACCACCACCGCUGCAAGUGUCGUCGCUCGCCCGCCUUGUCAUCUCUCUCUCUCUCUUUGCAGACUUUCCUCCUUUGCCUCUCUGGGAGAUGGUGCGCAGGGCGAAAUAGCCUCGCGCGCUCGCAGCGGCAGCAAAGCGGCAAACCAACCCCCAGGAGCCUGGUGAUGGGGGGUUGAAAGGCCUGGGGGAAGAGAAAGAGGGAGAAAGAAAGAUAAAGAGCGCCAAGGAAAUCUGCAAGCCAACCAACCGCCUGAGCUCGCCCAGAAAACUGUAAGGCAACUUCGAGUGUGCGUGCGUUUUUUUGGAAAGGACUCGAAGGAUUAAUAAAAGGAGGGCGAAAGAAACCGAACCAAGGAGAGCGAGUGGAAGUGGGGCGAAUCCAAAGUGGAGCGAAGGCACCGUUUCCUGCGGAGCGCUUGGCCCCCUGAGGCAUGGAAGUCGGCGCCCUCCCUCCAGGCCAGAUCAGCGCGCCGAGGUCUGUGAGCAGGAGGGCCCCCCAUCAGCUGUCCCCUCGCCUCUCCCCGGGGUUCCCCCUUCCAGUAUGUUUCUUUUCAUGAGGCAUCUCCCCGCGCCCAGAGCUUCAGUACAAUGUGCAAAUGGAGACUGAUACAGGGUGCCUCAGCCUUCGCCCACCUGCCUUCCUCCUCCUCCUCUUCCUCCUCCUCCUCCUCCCGCCGCCGCCGCCGCAGCUUCGUCUUCCUGCUGCUGCUCUGGAUGUCGUCGUCCCUGGCUGCCCCCUGCCAUGAGCACGGCCAAGGCAUGCUGCUCCUCAAGGCCACCAACUCUUCGUCGUCGUCGUCGUCGCCAUCCUCCUCCUCCUCUUCCUCCUCCUCGCCUGCCAGCGCGGGGAGACACGUGCGGAGCUACAACCACCUCCGAGGAGACGUGCGCUGGAGGAAGCUCUACUCUUACAACAAGUUCUUCCUCCGGAUUGAGAAGAACGGCAACGUCAGCGGCACCAAGAGGGAGAACUGCCCUUAUAGCAUAUUGGAGAUAACAUCAGUAGAAAUUGGAGUUGUAGCAGUUAAAUCCAUUAGCAGCAACUAUUAUCUAGCCAUGAACAAGAAUGGAAAAGUCUAUGGUUCGAGGGAGUUUAACAAUGACUGCAAACUAAAGGAGAGAAUAGAAGAAAACGGAUACAAUACGUACGCAUCUCUGUUUUGGAGAAACAACGGAAGGCAAAUGUUUGUGGCCUUGAACGGAAAGGGAGCCACGAGGAAAGGACAGAGAACCAGGAGGAAAAAUACAACCGCUCAUUUUCUCCCCAUGGUUGUCGAGCAACAGAUGAAGGGCCUGUUCUAUUGAUAGCAGUUGAACCAAAGAUCAUUUGUCAGGAAUACUUGGUAAUCCUCUUGAAGAGGAAAGGCAGAAACAGUGCAGACGUCUGCUUGAUUGAAAAGAGGGGGGAAGCCUUUGAAGGUUUUGUGCUCUCUGCUGGCACGUGAAGUACUUCUAAUUAGUUCUGUGUCAUAUCUUAUAAUCAAGACACAAGCUGAAUCAAAUGGGAUGGGAGCUCUUUCCAGUGUGAACAAAAUUAUUAUUAUUAUUAAUAUUAUUAUUUUUCUCCGCGAUAGAACUUGAAGGACAUGAGACAAUGUAUGGAAUGAUGUUGGGGGAAAGUUAUUUAUGGAAUACUAACUCAUAUCAAAGACCUUCAUUGCUCAUUCAGGCCUAAUGAUCCCAUGGACAGUUAGGCACAGAAGCAUUUACUGGAAAUUCGUGGAUCCUCAUAUGCAGUGAUAAAGAAGAUUCUGGAAUGGUCUUGUGAAAGAAAUGAAUAGGAUUAAGAAAUAUAAGCACAUUAGAGUAAAACUGUUCUAACAAAAUAAAUAGUAUGGUUCCCCCGCCUUGUAUGCUUAUGCCAUGCUUUUGUACUUCUCCCUAAGUUAUUUAUUUAAUAGGAUGUUAAAUAUCUUUCUUCUCUCUUUUUUGUUUGUUCGUUUGAAGGAUUUUCUCAGUUGCGUUGUCCUUUUUCCUUCCCUGUGUUUUGUACAAGAUUGACCAAGUCAGAUGUCAAAAAGCUCACACAAGUGUCCAAUAGCAGAGAAUAGAUAAGGCUAGGGCUGUGGUUUUUGUUUGAUCUUGUUUGUUUGUUUGUUUGUUUGUUUGUUUUUCCUCUUGAAACUGGGUUUCUUUUUUUCUUUUUUUAAUUUUGCACUUAAAAUCAAUAGGAUCAGAUAUGCAUAGGAACUGCAACGUGACCUGUGUGUUUGUGUGUGUGGUUUUUGUCAGCAUCACUGAGUCUUUCCCUGCCACAGGAACAAAGGUUCUCAUCCUGCAUCAUCUGAUGUGUCUUGCUGCUGUUUUGAAAUGGGCUGAGUUGAACUGGUACCCAGGUGUGCAUUUCUCUCCAACUUAUUUCAGUUAAAUGCCUGCUCCCAAAGAUGCUGAAAUUUAAGCAGAGCUCUUCAGCAGGUUUUGCGGAACAGACCGUAAAUGCAUCCAACUGCAUCAUAUAUUGGUGUGAUCAUAUGUUUUCAGACUAAAGCUGAAUUAAGUCUAUGGAGCUGCUAACAUCUGACAGAACAAAUUUGCCUUCUCCUCCUCCCCCUGGAAAAAAAAGUAAGACAGAAAAGAGCCAAAUCUUUUGACUGCAGUCAAACCAUUUCAGAAAAGCCCGGGUGGAAGUGGUGUUGAAAAAAAUGCAGCCUCAAUCUGAAUAAUCUUCCCUUUUUUAACAUAGGGCAGCUUCAGAUGUUACAUAGGACCUGAGGGAGAUGAUGUAAGAGUGAAUGGCUCUGCUAGUGUAAUGAAAACUUGCCUGUGGUCCUCUGGAGAGAUGCAGGUGCUUCAUAUCUCUCUCUGUGGGAAAGAUACUAACAUUCCAACAAGGAGUGGGCCCAUACUGCUCCUAUGUAACAUUUGGAAGCUGGCCUACAGCUCUUCAUCCUCAUACUGGCUUUGGAUACAGCAUACAUACCACUGGUGUGAAAUAGCAAAAGUUAGUGGUAGCCCCUAUUACAGUCAUUUGGAAACAACAGGGAAUAUGUCCUUAGCUGGAGAUAUAUGGGGUUGGGUUGGAUGUUCAUUUGCUAUCUGAUGAGAGCAUUGUGCAUCAACUCUUGUGAUCUCAUCCCCUUGCUUUUGAAAACCUGAGGAACAAUGGCUGAGUGCAAAAUGACGGAACAUGUAAGUGGGGCGGUCAACUUUUUGUGCAAAACGGGCAGCAGCGGGCCCUAGAAACACCAGGGACUGAUCAGCAAGACCGAGUAGUUGCCCCUUGCCUCUCUCGUGUCAACACUGUGAUAGUUUGGAGAGUUAGCUGUACCUCUGAGAUAGGAGCGGGCGAGAGCAUUCUGUCAGCUUUAUGCCAUUUUAAUUUUAUCCCUUUCUUUGUUUCACUGAAAAGAACCAAUAACAUAUAAGGCACCCCAAGCCAGCUUUGCUUUGCUCACCAUGCACAUGGCAAUGUGCCGAGAGCCGGUGACAGGCCCUUGUGUCUUUUAUCUGACUGGAACCUAACACAGAAGAACUGCAUAGUCCUUUCUCAAACCAACUUGGAGAAAUAGUGAUAUCUGGAACCCCCUCCCUGCAAAGUGCCUCUGACUCACUGAUAGCUUAUACAAAGAGCAGACCAUGUGAUAAAACUAUUCCUGGACUUUGCCCUUAGGGAGGGCAUCAACAUAUACUGUAUAUACUCAGUGUAGAGAAAUGAAGAUACCAGGGAGAUACCAGAUUCCUUUCUAGCAUUCUUCCCGAUGGUUUUUUUGUUUAAAUGUGUAGGGACUUUUCCAUUCAAAGAGUGGGCUGAGGCAGUAUAGCCUGGAAACAGUUUGACCAUGUGAUCUGCUGUUUGUGUAGACUAGACGUGAGACUGGAGGUCUUUAAGCUGUUGGGGAUGCUUCAGCUCCGGAUUGGGCAACAUGGCAUACAAGGUCCCCUCCAACUCUAUGAUUCUAACUCUAGAGCCCAGGAUUUCCUGCAUUUAGCAGGGAAUGGGCUGUGUGGCCUACAAGUUCCCUUCCAACUCUAUGAUUCUGAAUAAAGCUGUUUGCCCUCUUGUGGUAGACGUUUCAUAACCCCUCACUGCCAUUCUCGCCCACUUUAACACUGACUAGAAUAAUUACACUAAAGUGAACAGAUCUACUCUGAAGUAAGUGACUUGAGGAUUGCAGCCACUAUUAUUCAUAUGUGUAUAUAACUUCUGAAGAGCCAGUCUAAAAGCAACAUCUUAAAUGUUCUUCAUUUAUCGCAUUAUAUACAAUGGCUCUGAAAUGCAAUAUUGGGCACAUUUUUAAAAUGAAGUGCUCCUAUUUUCACAGCUUACACUGAGUAAAUGCGAUCUUCAGUUAAACAUAAUUAUCAACUUUGUUCAAUCUGGGGAAAAAACACCUAUAUGAUUUUUUUUGUUUUACUUUUUUUUUUCCUUUAACGUUAGAAAGCUGUGGAUAGUUCAUCACUAUAACCAUAAAGAGAUUCAUUUUGUUAGAGCAAGUUAAGUAGAAUACUGUACAUCAAGCCAACAUGUACCACUCUCUUCACAUUGUAUUCCACUAAAUAAAUGAAUAAAUGCGUAUGUCUUCUUUGCAGUGUCUGUAGCGGGAAACAGAAGUAGUUUUGUUAAUACUUUGAUUUUGUUCAAAAUGCUUUAAGGGACUAUGUCGAUGCUGUGACUUUGAUAUUUCUUGUCACGAAAGAAGUCAGUUUGGUUUCUCAUUUUGUUUGGAAAUAGAUUUUGAUACAGAGAUUUGUUAAUUGUGUCCCUUUUAAAAAAACAAACAAACUAAUGUAUAACCUCUACAAAGGCUGAUGAUUUUGCAAUCUGUUGUUAUCUAUUAGCUACUUACCCGAGUCCCUGUUAAACCGCCAUGAGGGGGAAACCUAUAUGCACAAUCCAUUAUAGUGUGGAAGGGAUUGGUAUAGGGAAAACACUGCCUGGCUGCCCUUCACCCCAUUUUUGGCAUAUGUGCAAUGCGUCACUUGAGCCAUGCAAUAUGGGCCAUGGAAGGAGAGUGCAUCAAACGUAUCCUCAUCCGGCUUUCCCUUGCACCUGGUUGCGAGUUACUCAGAAUCCUUUGGCCAAAAGGCCCAGAACAUUCAAUUGAGCCCAAUGCCAGUUCCUUCCUUUUUGGACCGUAGACGUGUGCUAGCAUGGAAUGUGCCUACAGCGUUCUCCUCGAAGUAUGAAAUGUUCAGGCUGUAUUUCCUGAAGUCCCCCUUUUAAAAAGCACUUCCCUUAUACAUGGGAUACACUAGGGCAGGCAUCCCCAAACUUCGGCCCUCCAGGUGUUUUGGACUACAAUUCCCAUCUUCCCCAAACACCGGUCCUGUUAGCUAGGGAUCAUGGGAGCUGUAGGCCAAAACAUCUGUAGGGCCGCAGUUUGGGGAUGCCUGCACUAGGGAGUUCUUCUACACAACCCCCCCCCCCAGUGAAACACAUGGCAAUCCCAGUCUGAUGUGGCCUGAGCCAACGAUGCAGCCUUUGGACAUGCGGCUAACAUGGUGUGCUCCAUAUCUUGCUGGACUACAGCUCACAUCGCCACUGGGCCUUGCUGAUGCUGAGGUCCACCAACUUAUGCAGGGCACCACAUUGACUACCCUGGGGGCUAAUGCACACCCUUAAUUUCGUUUGUGGAUGGAAAAUUUAAAAAUAUGUGAAGCUACCGGCAGUGGGGUUUUUGAGAUGCUGGAGGUAAAUAUCUGGUAACCUCAGAGUGAAUAACGAAAUGCUCGCUGUCAUAUCAGGAGAGCACUUCCCUUGCGUUACAUUUGCUUUUGUUUUGUUUUCAAAGUGAUAAUUGCAUCUGACAAGGCACCGUGGACCACCCACAACAAAAAUUAAAUGUUUGUUUGGCAAAUAAAGGAUUGAAUGACCACUCUUCUGAACAGCAUCUAGGGUACAAACAAGGUUCUCAUGUCACAGAACCAUUAACGUUGCUUUGGGGUCUGGGGGGGAGGGGUAUGUGUAAACAUUCAUAAUUAUAGCAUUUCGGAAAGAAAAAAGAUAUACUGCUGCUUGCAGAAGCUUGGGAGCAAUAGUCCCCACCCCACCACGCAGAAAGACAAGAGUAUGGAUAUGUGUAUUAUUUGGGGUGGGAGUAGCUGGUUGUUGUUGUUGUUUUCAUAGCCUUAUAGAAAUUUAUUUGUUCUACCCCUCCCACCUCGAAAUCCCGCUGGUGUUUCACCUGAGGAGCAAACAUCCAUAUUUGAUUUUUAGUUUGCUUUCAGAGAAUCCUGGGGUGCGCUGAAAGUAAAAUUCACUCCCUGAUAAAUUCUGCUUAUUCUUAUUGAAAUUCCUCUGGGGUUUUCUUUGAAAUCCUCCGGGUAGCGUUCACUUGAGGAAGACCCACCAAAUGCACUUCGCAUUUUGCUUUAAGCAAAAUUUUGGGAAUACCUCUUUCAGUGGAAGCUUUUAACCACUUUUGCUGGUUCCUGGGGAAUUUUUUCUCCCCCGCCCCCAAAGCUGCCGAAAGCCUUUGUUCAGCUGACGUGCUUUGGUGCCCUCUGUUGCAGGACUCUGCUGCAGCUGGGUUUCCCAGAGUAAUACCAUUCCACCAGAACACCGGCAUGAUCCGCAAAGGAACUUCUUGUGCACAAACCUCAUUGAAAUGAAUCUGAGCACCGGUGGGAUUCUCAUUCAUUUCAAAGAGGCUUGUGCCGGAAAAGUUCCCAGGUAGACGUGCUCUAAGUAUUUUUCUGUCUCCGUCAUAAAUAUGAGACAAGAUGAAAAGAAGGUUAUUGUAUGGUGUUUUUUUAUUAAAAAAAAGAUUGAACAUGUAUAGUAUAUUUAAAUAAUAAAAAAAUUAAUAAAAUUCUGGGAAUAGAGGAUGUUUUUGUUUGUGUGUGUUUUUGUUUUACUGCUUUGAAGCAGCAUGAACUGUAACCGAUAAAUGCAAAGGAAGAAAGGGGCAUUGUGCAAUGAAGGGUGGGGUCUGAGAGCCUCCAUACGAACACUGGGUAAGGGGAAAAUCAAAUAAAAAACAUACUCAUUUAAUACAGGUUGGAACAGUCACCUUGACUGAUUUCUUUACACUCAAAAUAAUAAUAAUAAGUAGCUGGAUUUCAUGGAAGAAGUGCCAUAGUCCAUGGCCACUGAUGGGUACAGAGAAUUUUGAUAAAAAUUGAAACGGGAGUAGAAAUUACCAAGGAAUACAGUCGGUAUUUGCUGUUGCUGCUUUCAGUCCAUAGAUGAUAGGUACAGUGGUACCUCGACUUACGAACGACUCGACAACCGAAUUUUUCGACUUGCGAAUGGGGAUAAUGGCCGCGCGCUUACGAAUGUCUCGACAACUGGGGAAAAACCACAGCGGUUUUAGAUAGGGAUUUUUUGACUUACGAAUUUUUAGAUAGGGUUGCUUCGACUUACAAAUUUUUCCGUUUCCAAUGCAUUCCUAUGGAAAAUCGCGUUUCC